UUGGGUAAGUUUUGUGAACUCUGUAUCCCUCCAUUUUGAGGCCUACUAAUACUGUAUGAGUGCAUUUAAUAAUACUCACUGGAGACGUAGUUAGAGCUAAUUAUGCAACACCCAUUCACAUUUGUGAAGCUUGAUGGUACCAUGUAAAAGUUGUGAAUAAUUCAGGAGAGGUGAAACUCUCAGAGCUUGUGAUCUCAGUGCCCAUGCCCCUCUUCCUGGUUAGGGUUGAUGUUUUCUUACAGGCACACCCAUAAACAAGGCAUGAAAUAGAAAUCAUAGAAUUGUAUGCAAUCCAUCAUUUCAACAAAUCAAAAAUGUAUGUAGCUAAAACAAGGCAUUAAGCUGAAUUUUACAGCUAAUGUAGAUUUUACAGCUAGUUUAUACAUAAUAUGCGUAAAGUAUAUUAGAGGUACAUUAGAAUUAUUUGUGCUAGUUGCAUUUGGUGAACUACAGACAAGUGUUUACCUGGUGCACAUUCUCUAUAUCACUACAGGAAUGUCUCCAGUUUCUUAGAAGACAUGGGGUGUGUUCAUUUUAGGGGAUUUCUCAAACAUUUAUAGCCACCAUUGUGCUUAGUAAUAAUACAAGUGUUUUCUUCACUGUUUCUGGUGCAGUACAUUUCAUUUCAUGUCUCUUGAUUGUACACUGUCAGUUUUGUUUCAUAGCUACUCUUUUCAGUGUGCAUUUUUGAACAAAUGAGGCCUAGUUGUCUCUUUCCCUGUGGUCUUACUCCUGUGGAGUGCUCCUGGCAAUGCUGAACAAAGAUAAUUACUCAGGAAGCCAUUUGACCAAUCAGCUGUGGCUUUACAUGCUGUCAGUGGGAGGGUAGCCAGUCACGGCGCGCCUCUGAUCACACACAGGCCUCCAGCGCUGAGUGUUCAGAGGCGAGCCCUCCCUUGUCUAAAGGCUGAGACUGUCUUCCAUGUUUCAUAAGUAUUGACAUUACACUUUUCAGCCAUGCAGCCACAGAGCUUGGCUGGGGAGGAGAUCAAGACAGUGUCUGAUGUGGUCGAAGGGAUGGAGGUAUCAGUACCACCAAAAGUUCCUGAUCUAGGAUCAACAGAAACAACAAUGGCUAGUCAAAAGCGGAAAGUACCCAGUCCCCCUCACUCCUCUAAUGGCCAUUCACCAUCUGACACAUCUCCCAGUGGUGUUAAAAAGAAAAAGAAACCUGGCUUAGUCACGGGCAACAAUAAAGAUCAGUGUGAGCUAAGACAUGGUCCCUUUUACUAUGUCAAGCAGCCUGCACUCACCGCAGACCCUGUUGAUGUUGUGCCACAGGAUGGGAGGAAUGAUUUCUACUGCUGGAUGUGCCACCGUGAGGGCCAGGUGCUCUGCUGUGAGCUCUGCCCACGUGUGUACCAUGCCAAGUGCCUCAAACUGGCUGCCGAGCCUGAAGGCGACUGGUUCUGUCCAGAGUGUGAGAAAAUAACAGUAGCAGAAUGCAUUGAGACUCAAAGCAAAGCCAUGACCAUGCUAAAUUUGGAACAGCUGUCCUACCUGUUGAAGUUUGCCCUGCAGAAAAUGAAGCAGCCAGGGACAGAGCCAUUUCAGAAACCAGUGUCUCUGGAGCAGCAUCCUGACUAUGCAGAGUAUAUCUUCAACCCCAUGGACCUAUGCACCUUAGAGAAGAAUAUCAAAAAGAAGAUGUAUGGCUGCACCGAGGCAUUUUUGGCAGACGCUAAAUGGAUCUUACACAACUGUAUUAUUUAUAAUGGAGGGAAUCAUAAACUUACUGCAACUGCAAAGGUUAUUGUCAAGAUCUGUGAACAUGAGAUGAAUGAAAUUGAAGUUUGUCCGGAGUGCUACCUGUCCGCUUGUCAAAAGAGAGACAACUGGUUUUGUGAACCAUGUUCUCAACCCCAUCCACUGGUGUGGGCUAAGCUGAAAGGUUUUCCGUUCUGGCCUGCUAAAGCACUGAGAGACAAAGAUGGCCAGGUAGAUGCUCGCUUCUUUGGCCAACAUGACAGAGCCUGGGUGCCCAUUAACAACUGCUACCUCAUGUCAAAAGAGAUUCCCUUCUCUGUGAAGAAGACGAAGAGCAUCUUCAACAGUGCAAUGCAAGAGAUGGAAGUUUAUGUGGAAAAUGUACGCAAGAAACAUGGCGUGUUUAAUUAUGCCCCAUUCAGAACAGCAUAUACACCCAACAACCUGUUCCAGAUGUUGCUGGACCCAAGUAACCCCAGGAAAGGUACAGUUCUGCAAGAGAAACAGGACAAGAUCAAGUUAAACUUUGACAUGACUGCAUCUCCCAGGGCACCCCUGGGCAAGAGUGUGGGACAGAGGAUGAGUGACAUUCCCAGGUCUCCAAUGAGCACCAAUUCCUCAGUCCACACAGGGUCAGACCUUGAGCAGGAUGCAUCAGAAAAAGGAACAAGAAUCCCAUCUAGCCACUGUAGUACAGGGGAAGACUCUAUGGACUGCACAGCAUCACCAGCAUGUCUGAAGACCACAGGUAGUCCAAAACCCAUCCCACCAACACCUGUUAAACAGGAGAGAAUGCAGCAUACAGCCAGCAUCCUCAACCUAAAUCUUGACCGCAUUAAGGCAGAAAUGGACCUAAAGGAGCUGAGUGAGACUGUACUUCAACAGCAGCAGCAAAGCCCAUCUGUACUCCUUACCUCCCCAAAGAAACCCACCAGAAGUCUAGAUAAGACCAUAGAGAGCUGCAAGGCCCAACUAGGCAUCAAUGAAAUCUCUGAGGAUGUGUACCAAGGCGUGGAUCACAGUGACUCUGAUGAUUCUGACAAGUCUGACUCCAGUGACAGCGAGUAUGCGAGUGAAGAGGAGCAGGAACUGAAAAACGCAACAAAGAAUGAAGACCAUGAGGAUGCUGUCUUUAAAAACAAAAAAAGACCCAGACCUACAUCUUCACAACCACAAAGCAAUAAGAACCAGUCUCAAAAUGUGACCGAGAAGGUGGCCUCGGAACCACCGCUAAAAAAGAGAGCCAGUGGCAUUUCAGAGAAGGAAGCCCAGGAAAAGCCCAGGGCAAACCAGCAGACGCAGUCACAGAGAGAGAGGCCUUCAGCUGGGCAUGAAGGAAAGGCUGGAGUUGUGGAUGCAGAUUCAGACUCGGAAAGAGAACUUGUGAUAGACCUUGGUGAGGAGCAGGGAGGCAAAGAGAGGAAGAAACCAAAGAGAGAGGCUUCAACAAUCUCCAACUCUAUAACCAAAGCCAAUGCAGCCGUCAAAAGUGAAGGAAAGGCUCUGGCCACUGCCAGCCCGUCAGCCUCUCCAUCCACAGUACCCCCUGCUUCAUCCUCCAACCCCAGCACAAGAGAUUCAACCCAGCCAGUCUUAAAGCCACCAAACACCACCUCUGCCCCACCCGUCACCUCCACCAGCACCACCUCUGUACCAGGAACCACUUCAGCAACAAAUUCCUCCAUGUCCACUGUGGUAAAGAAACAGCGCCCUCUGCUGCCCAAGGAGACAGCACAGUCUGGUCAGACAUCAGUGGUUUGGAACCAGACUGGGAAUAAGAUCCAUACGUCCUCUCCAAAGUGGCAUGUGCAGAAGGUUCAGAAGCAGCAACAUGGCUCACAGUCUCAAAGCCCAGUGGCUUCCAGCAAUGCCAGCACCCGCUACCAGACUAGGCAGUCUGUUAAAGCUGUCCAGCAAAAGGAGCCCUUGUCUGGGUCCUCUAGUUCAGUCCUGACUGGGGACUUCCUCACCCCACCUGCCUCUGCUGAUGUGGCAGCUGACAUUGCCAAGUACACCUCUAAAAUAAUGGAUGCUAUUAAAGGAACAAUGACUGAGAUAUAUAAUGACCUUUCCAAAAGCACAACAGGAAACACUGUUGCUGAGAUACGGAGAUUAAGGAUCGAGAUUGAGAAGCUCCAGUGGUUGCAUCAGCAAGAGCUUUCAGAGAUGAAACAUAAUCUGGAACUGACUAUGGCGGAGAUGAGGCAGAGUUUGGAGCAAGAGAGGGAGAGGCUCGUUUCAGAGGUAAAGAAGCAGAUGGAGGUGGAGAAACAGCAGGCUGUGGACGAAACGAAGAAGAAGCAGUGGUGUGCCAACUGUAAGAAGGAGGCCAUUUUCUACUGCUGUUGGAAUACCAGCUACUGUGAUUAUCCCUGCCAACAAGCACACUGGCCUGAACACAUGAAAUCCUGCACGCAGUCAGCCACAGCAUCUCAGCAAGAGCCAGAGGAGGAGGCCUCUGCAGUUCCAGUACCAAAAACCUCAGGACAAUCACCCAAAGCCCAGCAUUCAUCUCCUGCCAGCAAAAGUUCACCAACACACAAAACUCCUUCACCCAAAGCAGACAACACUAAAGCAAGCGCCACAGUUUCUGUGUCCUAACCAGAACUUCUCUAUCAUUUCUCCAUGGUCACCAACCUGGAUGCUUUUGGACUGGGGUCUGCAAGUUGUGCUUUCUUCUUACUUCUUCUUCUUCUUCUUCUUCUCAAAGCUCAAAGCAAAGACAUAUUAAACUUGCGCUCCUCACCUGCCCAGUUCACAACACCCUGAGGAUGUAAGAAAAUGGUUCAUUUUUUUAUAUAUAUAUAUAUAUAUACAUUUCUAAGGCAUUUAAUGUUUUUAGACUACAUAAAAUUCAUUUGUACAAAGUCUGACCCUUUCAUAUAAAAUAUGCUCAUGUAAUACUGUAUUUUUUUUAAUUAUUAUUAUUUUUACUUUACACACACACUUGCGUUUUAUACAGUGCAGAUCAAAUUAAUUUGUCUGUUUUUUUUUAUGUACCCGCUGCACUUACCAGUGCCUCCAGAGAGAUGGUUACUUUAUUAUUAUUAUUGUUAUUAUUGUUAUUUUUAUUUUUAUGGUGGAUCUUUUGAAACAGUGGGAUUUAUUAAUUCGCAACAUGUUUAAGGUUUGAUUCUCACUACAUGACCCAUCAAAGACAUUCUAUGUAGCCAUCUUACUGAGGUCAUUCAUCCUGCAGAUAUUGCUUGAUUUAAAGCCGACAAAAGCAGAGUUGAUCUAUGUUGUAUUUGUAUUUCACUUCAGGUCUUCACUUGUUUACAUAUUGUAAAUAAUUAAAGAAUUAAAAGGAGACAACUAUCUGUAAGAAAUAAAAUCAGCUCCCAUCUGAAAUUAAAAGUCAUGAGUUGUCUUGCAUUUCUAUAAUCCUUUCUGAGAGUCAAAAACCAGUAAUCAAAUACAAAUUAAAAAUAAAUUUUAAAAAAAGGCAAAUAAAGCUCUUUUAAUGAAA